UUCAGGCUCCACCAACUAUUGGCUCAUUUGUGGCGCCACCGCGUCACCCUCAGUCUGCAAUCCUCACUGCCCCGGUGCUGCCUGACCUGCGCCCUUUGAGCAUGACAGGACAAACUGUGGGGGGCCUCAAGGGUGGCAGCACAGAGCAAGGGCCGCACACCGGGUCUCUGUGUUGUGACGAGGCCGCUGCCAUCUUGACCCGAAACCUGCUGGGUUGUGGCGUUGCCCUCAAGCGUAAGGUCAACGUUGAACUUAAUAGCAGCUGUGAAGAACAGCGUAAGAGACACUACACUCCCAGCCAGGAGAAAGUCGAGGGCUACCGGGAGAAGCGGCGGAAAAACAACGAAGCAGCCAAGCGUUCCCGGGAGAAACGGCGUGCCAAUGACACGGUGUUAGAGAUGCGCGUCCUGAGCCUGCUGGAGGAGAACGCCCGUCUGAGAGCCGAGCUGCUCGCCGUCAAAUUCCGCUUUGGCCUGGUGACAGACUUUUCUGGGGUUUCCAUCCUGCGGCUCACUCGGGCGAAUCAACCUGACUCUGACGAGCCCUCAAGCCAGCUCCCACAGCAGGACGCAACAUGCCAAAAACCUCACUCGCUCUCUGACGAUGUCAAGGUCUCCAACUCACGCCACCUAAACAUGCUUCUUGAUCCGAGCUGUCCUGGACCAUCGACUAGACUAGUAGAGGAGCAGCAGGCCUACAGCAGCCGUCCUCUGUGGCCACAUGCAAACACCCAACACUCACCUGACGCUUUUAGGCGCCUUCCACACAAGCUGCGCUUCAAAGCUCCAUCGCCAUUGUGCGGCGGACGCACUGGGCGGCCCGUCGCCACGGUGGGGCCGAACGUCCUUAGAAGGACGCACCAACCGGCAACAUGGAGGGUUUCAGAUGAUAGCCGGGAAAAGGCAUACGCAUCAGGCGAUCAGCACUAUCACAAUCCAUCCUCUCUGGGUUCAACAGAGGACUCCAGUCUAAGGUCUCAGAUAAGCUGCCUGUCACAGGAAGUAGCUGGACUCAAGCAGCUCUUCUGUCAGCAGCAGCUCUCCAAGAAUGUUGGAACGCCAACUCCAUGAUGCUUUUAAACCUCAAACUUAUUUUCACCGUGGGCCACUUCACAAUUACAGCUGCCUUUACUGGGACACUUGUAACUACCAAACCACGUACAGCUGUGGUCCCCAACCUUCUUUGCCUCCACCAACCGGUUUAAUGUAGGCAUUGUUUUCAAGGUCCGGCUUUCCACUUUUGCCAGAUAAAUACAGCAAAAAUAAGUGCAUGAAAAAUACAACUCACUAUAACGCUGAAUUAGUGGGGUCCCUGAGCUUGUUUCUUUGCAAUGAGAUGCAGAUGGAAAUCAACAAUCUGUCACAUUUAUCUUCUAUAAUACAAAUAAUACCCUCAGCACCCUCUCUUCUCAGAGUUUAGACUCUUACCCUCAGGAUGCAGGUACGCCCCUACUAAUAGAAAGGCCAAAAACAACAGAUACAUAAGAUCCUUUGUUCCCUCAGCUGUUGCCU